GUCAAAAUAUGCUGUUAGUUGCUGCUCUGCAAGCUCGCAACAAUGCAAGAGUGGUAGUUUCAGGCUCACUUGAGUUCUUCUCUGAUGCCUUCAUCAUGGCCUCUGUCCAGACACCACAGGGUAAGUUCUAUGAACGUUCUGGAAAUGGCAAAGUGGUAGAAGCUCUUAGUCGCUGGGUAUUCCGGGAGGAGGGUGUUCUACGUGUUGUAUCUAUUGAGCAUCAUCUUCAAGGAGAUUCUCAGCCUCCAGUUGCAUACACAAUUAAGGAAGAUGUGGAAUACAAAAUUAAGGUUGAGAGGCUUGUGAAUGGCUCGUGGAAACCAUUUAUGGCAGAUGAUGUACAGAUGGAAUUUGUUCGCAUUGACCCAUUCAUCAGGCUGACCAUGACACCCAGUCCUGAAGGGGUUUUCUCAGUCAAGUUUACGGUACCUGAUGUCUAUGGUGUUUACCAGUUCAAGGUGGAGUACAACCGUGUUGGUUUUACACGUCUAUACAGUUCCACUCAGGUAUCAGUGCGACCAUUCACUCACCGAGAGUAUGAGAGGUUUAUCGAGUGUGCCUACCCAUAUUAUGCAAGUGCCUUCUCAAUGAUGUUUGGGGUCUGGUUAUUUUCCAUGGUUUUCUUGCACCACAAAGAACCUAUCCCCAAACGUAAGGCAGAUUAAGUUUGUUUGUUAACCUCACAAAACUAGUUAACUUCACCAUUCCAGCUGUUUCUUUCAGCUGUUUGUGUAAAAAAGAUACACAAAAACCAUAUUCAUAAGUUCGUUUGGUAUAUACAGGAUUUUUCACGAUUCUUAUAUUGCAAUAGUUUGGAACUUCCAAGUAAAUAUUCUGAUGAAAUUUUUUAUACAAUAUGAUCAUGUGUAAGAUUGUUUUCAUCACCUUUAAAGUUGCUAGUGAGUCUUUGAUCUUUUUUUAUUAUAAUUUAUUAUUUAUUCCACAAUAUGAUGGCUAAAAGUGACUUAGUUCUGUCUGUGUUAUAUGUGAAAUAACUUGCAUAUUUCUUCAACAACAUGUAAACUUGUAAUUAUUAUCCCUGCUAUUAAAAGUACUUUAAAGAGAA